CCUAUCGUUAUCCAGUGUGUACACACUGUGUUUAGUUUCGUUGUGCUAUUUCAGCGAAAAAUUCAUCAUCUCAAUAUCGGGCGUAUAUUUUUUUGUUGUUAUUUUUAUUCAACAAUAACUCAAAGCAAAGUAACGAGCGUCAGAUGCAGCAAUUUACAAGCUAAACUUCAAAUUUUGUUCAAAAGGAUUGAAUUAGCAAGCAGAGUGCACAAAAAUAAUUCGAGUAAAAGCUGCAAAGCUGCCCAGCACCCAAGCCACGGAAGAGGUUAAUCGGAGCAGUUAGUGAACAACAUUACUGCUAUGGCAAUGGACAGCAUCAGCACGCAAACAAUGACGGGCAGUAAUGCGCUGACAUCAUCCUUUACCACCAAGAAGAAGGAUGCCGCCGCCGACAAGGAGAACCUCUGGUCAGCGAUAUUGAAUGAAGUACAAACACAAGGCAGCACAAAAUUACCAUCUAACAAAUCAGUACUAGUAUUAGGUGACAAUGCCACUGGUAAGACGACACUCAUCGCAAAGCUGCAGGGUGUGGAAGAUCCGAAGAAAGGCUCCGGCCUGGAGUAUGCCUACAUUGAUGUCAAGGAUGAGUACAGAGACGAUAUGACGCGCCUAAGCGUUUGGGUUCUGGAUGGCGAUCCAGGGCACACAAAUCUGCUGCACUAUGCGCUAAACGAAACGAACUAUGCACACACCCUCGUCAUACUAACAGUCUCGAUGACACAGCCAUGGGGCUGGCUCGAGCAGCUGAAUCAAUGGAUUAAGGUGCUGGCCCAGCACAUUGAAAGCCUGCAGCUGGAUCCCAAAGAGAAGGAGGCGGCACGUCAGCGACUGGCAACGACGUGGCAAAGCUACUGUGAGGUGGGCGAUGAUCUGGAUCCUGGUUCGCCAGUUAAACGCACCAUGCACAACAAUUCAAUCGAUGAGGAUGAUCUGUUGCCGCUGACAGAGGACGCACUAAUUACAAAUCUGGGCCUGGACAUUGUUGUUGUCGUCACAAAGACGGACUACAUGACAACGCUGGAGAAAGAAUACGAGUACCGCGAUGAGCAUUUCGAUUUUAUACAGCAAUGGAUACGAAACUUUUGCCUGCGGCACGGCACCUCGCUCUUCUACACGAGUGUGAAAGAGGAUAAAAACUGUGAUCUCCUUUACAAAUAUCUAACGCAUCGAAUUUAUGGUCUACCAUUCCGUACGCCAGCGCUAGUCGUUGAAAAGGAUGCGGUGCUCAUUCCGGCGGGUUGGGAUAGCCUAAAGAAAAUAAGUAUUCUGUAUGAGAACAUGCAUGCGGUCAAGGCAGAGAAUCAUUACACAGACAUAAUUAAGGCGCCGCCAACACGAAAGGCGGUUUCCAAUCGCGAAACGGAAGUACAAACCGAGGACGAACAGGCCUUUUUGGCACGUCAGCAGGAGAUUCUCAAGCAAGGCGGCCAGGUGCGGGGUGAAUCACCGCUACGCUCACAGGGCGCCAGCGCUGGCGGCAACAAGACUGGACCACGGACACCCGGCAGUACCGGUCAGAGUUCUCCGAAAAAGAUUGAUCCCAAGCUGACGCCAGCCACGCCCGGCGGCGAAGGUGUGCUCGCCAACUUCUUUAAUUCACUGCUACACAAAAAGUCAGGAGGACCUGCCGGUGGACCGGCUGGCGCUGCCAGUCCAGGUGGUGGCAUGGGCACUCCACGCACUUCCAAUGGCACUGAUGCCCUCAUGACGGCCGAGAAGCUAGCGGUUCGCUCAGAUGCUGCUGCCGAGUUGGAUCGAUUGGCGCGCAGCGUAAAUAAGGAUAUCGAUUUGUCCCAAAGUGAGUGUUGAAUGUGUUCAGCUGACUCUACAACAACACCAGCAUCAGCAACAACAACAACAUCAACAUAAACAUAAUCAUAAAUAUUAACAGCAGUAGCAAAACCAGCACACACAAGAUCUAAAACAACUAGAUCAACAGUGACAGCAGAACACAUUUAAUCAUAAUGUAAAAGGAAAAACUCAAUGACACAGACUUGAAAUUUGAUACAGAUCUAAACAUUUGGCAAGCUACUGCACAUACAAUGAGCAAUUAGCAUAACGACAUGUUAAGAGCAAGUCGAGCUUAAAUGAAAAACAAAGUUAAUUGUAUAUCGGUAUCGGUGUUCUAUAAAACAGCCAUGCAAUGUUGAAAUUAUCGCAGUUUAUAGUUAAAGUAACAUUUGCAUUUCGCACUGAUUGUGUAGCGUUCGUUGAGUUCAUAAAUUGCUUAAAGAUUACAAAAAUUUAUUGAUAACAAAAAUAAAUAACAAAAAUGGAAGACAGAAAUCACCACAAACGUAAAUCAAGCGCAAAUGUAAAAGAACAUAUAUAAAUCGGCUAUGCUUGAAUGGAUACAUUAUUCAAUGGAGAUUCAGCACAAUCUCAUCGUGCUCCUCUUCUUCCGCUUGUCCGUCAUGCACGUGCUUAUUCUAAAAUAAAAAUAUAUAUAUAUAUUUUUUUUUUCAUUUGGUAAUAGCAUAGUUUGGGGCCAGAGAUGUGUAUAAUAAUAAAUUAUUUAUAUUAUGUAAUUUUUAAAGUGUAAUUUAGAAUGCGUGCAAUGCUGUUGUGCGCUGAGAGAUUCAAGAAGCCCAUGCCCAAAGCGCCCACAGGGCGUGGCAUAUGCUUAAACACCCACACAUUUACACUUAAAUGUAGCUUGUAUGUAUUUUUUAAUUAUAUUAAUUAAUUACACACACACACUGGCUUAAUGUAAUAUUUGUUAGAAACAUUUUUUUGGAGCCCCUAAGAGAGCAAAGAGACAAAGAACAACAAGUGAAAGCGCAUCGCGAAAUUUAUUGAAAUAUUAUUAUGAGCUGCAAGCGAAUAUUAAAUUGAAAAUGUUGCGUAUUUUGUUUUUCUUUGUGAAUAUCUCAAAAAGUUGAUUUUAAUAUAGUCUGAUUAUUAUUUUUUCUCGCUCAAAGCCACACGCGUUUAAUUAAUGAAGUAUAAAGAGAGAAUACCAGAAAAACACCAUUAUGAACUAAUUUUACCAAGCAAUUUUAAAUGAUAAACUACAAAAUGAACUUAAUUGAAAUUCUUUUUAUGUUGAAAGUCAAGCGCAACCAAAUUGAAGUACUCACGACCAAUCGCUAUAAUACGACUCAAAACCCAUACAAUUUAUGAGAGGCAUACUAUAGGCACACAUAUUAUAGAAAAAACUACGAUAAAUUCACCCAUUCACUGAUAAAUACUUACUCAGCAAGAUAUAUUUUGUUUUGAUUGAAUUAUUUGUUUUUCCCACUAUCGAUUGAAAAAAGAAAAAAAAAAAAUAUUGCUUAAAAUUUAUUUAUUAAUGUGAAACAGAUGAGACAGAGCGAGAAAGAGAAUGAUAUUUGUACUUUUGUAUAUCGGGUCAGAAUAAAAGCUUAAACCUCGCUACAAUUUUACACAAUUGUUUAUAUAUGUAUUUAUAGUUCAAGAAGUUUUUGCCAUAUCUUUGGCCCAUUUUGCAGGCGAAGCUGCUUCCAAGUUUCGUAUUGCCUCUCGCUCUACACUGUGUCUCCUAAUCAACUACAACAACAACAACAAGAACAAUUUGUAAAACGUGUCCUACAGGAUCUAUUUUUAUGUAUAAACAAAAUUAUUAUUGCAUAUAAUAAAUAUUGUAUUACUUAUUAA